UCAAAUUAAUGCAGCUUCAAUUAGCAUAUAAACAUAACAUCACGAGCAAUUGCCUGCCUGAGACGCAGUCAAGAAGAUCAGGCAGAUUCCUUCGCUGGUGGGGGCAAUGCGAUAUUAGACCAACAUUUCAAGAGAUAUUAGACCAGCUAAUACAGAUUAUAAUACUGCUGAGUGGGGGCACAGCCUCAGACCAUCGUUUCUCAAAAUAAAGAACGUCUGGGCUCACCAGAGUGAAUCACGGGGUCGUUGUGUUUACUUUGUGUCAACCCGAAGACUCUGUCAUUAUCGAUGCCAAGUCAUUAGCAGUUCCGCUGCGUUUACUUGGGGUCAACCCAUUGGAUCUCUCAUUUUUGUUGCUGAGACAUUACCAGUUCCUGUCUUUCCUCUCCAUUACUUGCAAUCAGUCCACAAAACAAUUUAUAGAGCACAGGAUCUUCGCAACCCCUUGCUAUCCUUUCUUGGUCAUUUUCUCUAAUGGCUCCAGCAACAUCCUACAUCCUGUUCCUCUCAAUCUUCUCAUUAGCGUUUGCACUGGAAGCAGCUCAACCAAGGCAGUCCAACAUAAGCUUAGAGACCUCCCUCCAUCCCACCAUCAACCCUACGUCAUGGCUCUCACCAAAUGGACGCUUUGCCUUCGGAUUCUACCCAGAAGGUACGGGCUUCUCCAUUGGAACAUGGCUCGUGGCAUCUCCUGAAAACAACACUGUUAUAUGGACAGCAGACCGAGAUGAGCCACCGGUGACCAAAGAUGCUGCAUUAAAGCUAACCAAUAACGGGCUCGAGCUGCUCCUACCACAAUCUGAAGCCAGAGUAAUCUCCCAGAUUUCCACAAACACCGAUGCUUCCUCUGCUUCCAUGCUCGAUUCUGGGAACCUUGUCAUCUACGACUCCAACUUUAAUGUCGUAUGGCAAACCUUUGAUCAUCCAACUGACACAAUCAUGGCAGAUCAGAUGCCGCUCGCUGGAAAUGAGCUCGUUUCCAGAAUAUCAGAAAGCAACCACUCGAGGGGGAGGUUUCAGCUCAGCAUGCAGGAUGAUGGGAACCUCGUUCUGUAUCCUGUGGCAUCAUCAGAUAGUCAAGUGGAUGCUUACUGGGCCUCCGGAACAAAUGGAAUGGGCUUCCAAAGCUUAACUCUCGAUCGUCACGGUCGGCUGUACCUGUUCAACGGCAAUGCCACAGACAAUCUAACGGACAGUCUUCCGAAGGCGACGGCACUGGUGUAUCGUGCAACGCUCGGUGUGGAUGGGAUCUUCCGGUUAGUUUCUCACGAUCUCGAGUCAAACGCAGAACGUGUUUUGGAGGAAUUCCCCAAAGUCGCAGAUCCGUGCGAGGUCAAGGGAACCUGUGGCGUGAACAGCUACUGCACUUCCGCAAAAGGACGGGUGGUAUGCUCGUGUCCGCCUGGUUUUGAUUAUCUCGAUACUAAGAGCACAUCGAGCGGAUGCAGUAGAAACAUCACGACCAUUGGUUGCUCCUUGAAUGAUGAUAACACGACAUACAUGUCCCCUCUGGAGAAUGCAACAUGGACGAGCGAUUCCUAUGCUGCAUCAUGGUCUGUGACAAGCAAGGAAGAAUGCAGUGAUGCAUGUUUGAAAGAUUGCAAUUGUGCUGCCGCUCUGCUUCAAGACGGUACGUGCAGCAAACAGGCGCUUCCGAUGAGAUAUGGGAGGACAGACAGCACUGCCACAACAUUCAUCAAGCUGGUUAACCUGAGCGCUGGAGGAAGGCCGGAUAGCAGCCAUGGAGAUAGAGGCCCGGCUGCAGCUCCCGUUACUGCUACAAAGCAAAAGUUUAGCGCCACGAUUUUAUUCGUGUCCGUGGCUAUUGCUGCUGGUAUAGUUUCUACCUUGGCUGCUUUUAUAUUCUUUUUUUACAGGCAUCGAGCUGGAAGGUACAGAAGGAUGGGGAGAAAUAGAGAGCCAGCUCUGGUGGACGAAAUAGCACCCAGAUGUUUUUCCUACCAUGAGCUGAGGGAAGCGACCCAGGGUUCCAAGGAAGAGCUCGGCAAGGGUGCCUUCGGAACUGUCUUUAAGGGGACCUUGCCUAGCGGUGAAAGAGCCAUUGCUGUAAAAAAACUUGAGAAGGUGGUGGAUGAGGGAGAAAGGGAGUUCCGAAGAGAGAUGAGGACAAUCGGAAGAACUCACCAUAAGAACUUGGUGAGACUGCUCGGCUUCUGUGAUGAAGGUGCUAACAGGCUCCUAGUCUAUGAAUACAUGAGCAAUGGAUCGCUUGCAGACCUUAUCUUUAAGGCUGACAGGCACCCAGAUUGGGAUGAGCGCGUGAGGAUUGCGUUGGAUAUCGCUAAAGGGAUCCAUUAUCUGCAUGAGGAUUGCGAAACCCGUAUCAUACAUUGCGACAUAAAACCUGAAAAUAUACUGAUGGACGAUAAUUGGACAGCGAAGAUAUCAGAUUUUGGGUUAGCAAAGUUGUUGAUGCCGAGUCAGACAAGAACAUUCACAGGCAUUAGAGGGACAAGGGGGUACCUUGCACCAGAAUGGCACAAGAAUGCGCCGAUAUCGGUGAAGGCAGAUGUUUACAGCUUUGGCAUCGUAUUGCUCGAAAUCGUAUGCUGCAGGAGAAAUAUGGAAUUGGAAGCUGAAGAAGAUGCAAUUAUUCUUCUGGACUGGGUGCAUGACUGCUUUAUGAAUGGAGAGUUGGAGAUGCUUGUGCCUGAUGAAGUGGAUACGACAGAGUUGAAUAGGCUUGUGAAAGUGGGGCUCUGGUGCAUUCAGUCAGAACCAGGUUCUCGUCCUAGCAUGAAGAAUGUGGUGAUGAUGCUGGAAGGGAACGUCGGCAUACCCCUUCCCCCACCACCUGGAUUUAGUUCCUGACCUGCAAGUGUACCCAAGCCUGUCCAAAUUAAGUGUCCCCAAAUAGCUAUGGUGAUUUGUCCAUUCAAAAAAGAUAGGUAUGGUGAUUUCUAUUUCGAAUAAAACAAGUUGCACUCUUUGCAUUUUUAUGCGAGUAUAUCUGUCAUUUUGUAUGUUUUUGAAUUUAUGGGAACCUAAUGAUGCAGUAUGCAAUCUUUGUAUUUCCAAUAACCAUCUUGCUUUAUGUAAAAGAUGAAUAGUCGUUUCCAUGUAAAUCACCUUUCAAGCACUUUACAAUCUUAUUCUUUUCAUGGAAGAUUUUCUAAGACACAGCAUGUGUGAAGUGUGAUUAUGCAAGGCCUCUCUUCAUUAUGAGACUCUCCGUAGUUUCCUGAAAUUUUCAUUGUCGUCUCCUGAUCAGGAUCGUGUCCUGCGAGGCCCCAAAGGUAGAUCAUAGAUAACCACUAUCCUUCCUCAUCAAUUGAAGCCAUCCUCAAGUGAGAUGGGCUUUAGUGCAUCAAUUAGUGCUCGAUAGAAACUCCUCCAUUGGGU